AUGAAUCUCGGAGAUUGUUUGCUGGCUUGUCAAGGGGAUGCUGAUGGUUUCAAUGAUGCUGAUGGUUUCAAUGAUGAUGGUUCAGACAAUCAGAGUUUUGGUAUACAGAAUGGGGACGUUUGUGGAGUUGAGGAUGAUGAGAUGGAGGAACCUGCUCCAGAAUUUACUGAAGGGUGUGACCCUACUAGGCCUGAUGGUGCUGAUGGUGGAUGUGACGAUCCUUUGCCUGAAUCUGACUCCAUCCCUUUACUUCCAAUGACGUGUACAAGCUUCGCUCCUAGUAGCGACGAAGAAGAAGAAAGUGAAGAUGGUUCUGUUCAGCUUGAAGAAGAGGAGGAGUACGCCCCUGAAGACGAUCCUUGUAUAGUCGACGAACCUGAAGGUGUGCCUGAUAUAGAUGAUAUGUCAGACGACGAGAACGUUACAGGUGAACCUAGUUUUCCGGUUGAGGAGGAUGAGAUGGAAGAUGACGGAGGUUUUCUUGAACCUCCUGUGCUGAGUUUCUCACAAUCAGAUGGUGACGACGAUGAGUCUAUACCUGACAUCGAACCAGGGAUCGACAUUCCGGACGACGAGACUAUACCCGACGAUGAGUCUAUACCUGACGAGACUAUACCUGACGAUGAUGAUGACGAUGAUACUGAACCGGGAAACACCGUGAGACCUAGACCCGACCCACAAGACGAUGAUGACAUCCAAGAACCUCCGGCGAGCAAACCGAAACCUAAUCCUGAUGGUGACGAAGACGAUGAUCCGGAAGACGAUGAUCCGCUUCAAUGGUUGGAGGAGGAGACCGACGAGGAAGAUGAUAUUGAGGACGAUGGUAUACUUGAUCCGCCUCCUGUCGAACCUGUUAGCCCUGAACCUGAACUUAGUUUGGAUCCGGUCCAACCUGAUCCACUCCAACCUGAACCUUUACCUCCUGCAAGUCCUGAUCCUCCGACUCCUAACGAACGUCUAAAAGAUCUGAUCAAUAAAUACAGGGAGGGUCCUGGUGACUAUAUUGAGGCUAAUAAUAUAGUCUGUGUCAGGAAAGGUCCGGAUGGAAAAGAGUACAAAGUAAGACCUUCUGGUGUCUUCCAGAGCUUACCUCCAUUGAACUCUAGUGCAAAACUGGAUAACGCCGCUCAACAUCUUGCUGACCACAACCACGCUCAUGGUGUCACAUCUCACGAAGAUGGUCAAUACCAGAAUGGCGCGGACUGUGACAUGGGAGAUCCUACCACAUGGCGUAAAUGCAAUGCACAUAUAAAACGGGCUCAGGCGUUUGGGUACAAUUCUACGUAUGUUGUCGAGAAUGUUACAGGGAUUCUACCCGACGAGGGUCCCGAAGAUGCACUUAAUAGGUGGAUCUGCUCGGAUUUCCAUAACCAAAAUCUCCUCAACCCCGAAACGACUGAAAUUGGGGUUGGAUGGACUGAUGACCAGAUUGUAUUCGUUGGUGGAAAAUGCAGUGAAGUUUGCACUCUUAAUAGAAGUGGUGGAACUUCUUGCUUCUGCAGGGCUGGAGCACCGGAGAGACAGGACAAUGACGAGGACUCAGAACGGACUCUUCUUAACUUAGUUGAUUCCUUCAGGAAAGAUAAUCUGUUACCGAUGUUCCAACGUGAAAACGAAGAACUGAAGGCUGCGGCGACACAUCUUGCUGCUCAUAACUAUUUGAAUUCUACCCUUUCACAGGAAGAUCAAGAUUAUAACGGUCCUGACGCACACAAGGACAGGGUUAAGGAUUACAAAUACAAUUGGCCUUCAGGGAGUUCUGAUGUCAUGCAACUUAUUGGUCAAGUUAGAUCUGACAUGGGAGGUAAUGAAGUCAGAAACGUAUUCGAAACAUGGAUCACGGAUCCGGAAGUGACGGAUAGGUUGCUUUACCCUUUGCUUGACGACGUAGGAAUUGCAUGGGUUGGGGAUAUGGUCGUCCUUAUUGCCGCAAACGACCCUAGCAUUUCCAAUGAUGAUCUCAUUUCGGAGAUGCGACAAGAGUACGAAUCGGAUCCUAUCGGUUUUUGUUCCAG